ACAUGUUUUACCAGCUAACCUUUGUGUUUAUUUAUUUUUUUUAUCUCGAGUUGUGUUUAGUGUUUACACUACCUAAAAUAUAGAAUCCUUGUUUUGAGAGGAAGAGUAGAAUCUAAUCAAAUCCAUUGCGACGAUUCGUCGUAAAGUGAGUGUCUCCAAUGAUGCUUUUCUUGUUGGUAUUGAUCCUUAUCGGUCACGCAUCAUCGGAACAAUCUCAACAACCGCCGAUCAACAUAUUCAUCCUAGCCGGACAGAGCAACAUGGCGGGUCGCGGCGGCGUAGUCAGCAACACUAAAACCGGCAUCACAACCUGGGACGGCAUCGUCCCUCCCCAAUGUCAAUCAAACCCUUCAAUCCUCCGUCUUAGCGCAGACCUCAAGUGGGUUUUGGCCCGCGAGCCACUUCACGCCGACAUUGAUGCGACCAAGACCAAUGGAAUCGGACCCGGAAUGUCAUUCGCCAAUGCGAUCCUAACCAAGGACAACGGGUUCGGGUUUGUGGGUCUGGUUCCUUGCGCAAUUGGAGGUACUAAUAUAAGUCAGUGGGAAAAAGGGGGGGUUUUAUAUGAACAAUUGGUCCGGCGGACAGAGGCGGCUGUUCAGAGUGGAGGCAAAGUGAAGGCACUUCUCUGGUAUCAAGGAGAGAGCGAUACAAUAACCAGAGAAGAUGCUGAGAUGUAUGAAGGAAGAUUGAAGAAGUUUUUCACAGAUGUCCGUUCUGAUCUGCAAUCUCCUCUGCUCCCAAUAUUUCAGGUGGCUCUGGCAUCAGGGCAGGGACCAUACAUGGACAUAGUAAGGGAAGCUCAAUUGGGAAUUAACCUCGUUAAUUUGAGAAGUGUGGAUGCCAAGGGGCUGCCCCUGGAACCGGAUGGUCUGCAUUUGACGACACAAGCUCAGAUUGUGCUCGGAGAGAUGCUGGCCAAUGCAUAUCUUCAGUCUCCGCCCAGUCCGGUUCAUGCCAGCAGCCCAAGUAAGAGUGGUGCCAAUAGAGUAAUAUCCUUUGAUUUUCUCUCUUGCCUUUUGGUAUGUGUACUGUUGAGAUCUCUAAUGUAAUGCUCAUUAUAGCAUAAUAAGAAUUGUUUAACACUGACGAUAUGGA